AUGGCAGAAGCUUUGGCAGUCCUCGCAGGCUGUACCCUGCUUUCAUCGUCCGUCGACGCACCUUUCAUCGGCUACUGGAAUUACAGCCUUCCGAUUCUAGACUCCGAUGACAAUUAUCAGACAUUCACUGCAUCGAUUCGAGCACAACAAUACGCAAGCGGAGGCUUCCAACCAUAUCAGAAGGCCUUUCAUAUCGUCCUCGUCGCCGUCCUUGUCAUGAACGUGGCAUGCCUCGUAUACUUCCUGACACACAGGCACUGGUACACGGACUUCAGCGAGCCCACGAUACUCUUCUCGCUCGCAGUCAACAGUCCUCCUUGCCAGGAAUUAGCCGGAAGCUGCGAUGGUGGACCUGAAGGUGAGCACUACAACGUCAGCUGGAAACUCAAUACUGAGGAAGGAGGAAAGCGGUGA